AUCGACGGACCAUAUUUAACCACAUACAUCCGGUGAGACUACCUGAUCUUUUUCACUCUGCCCGCAAAGCGAAGAGCCAAGCCAGGGUGAUUGAAAUGAACACAGUGAGAAUCAAUCUCCAACUGUAAAUAACUGAACCCAAAUGCCCGCAAUUGGAUCAUAAGAAAAAAGGGUUGGAUCCGGAUUUGAAUUUGAGAGAUCCAGAUGACGGAUCCGAAUCUGGAGUUGCAGGAAUCAGGUUGGGAGGAGCUGAGGAGGGAGGCAAGGAAGAUCGAAGGCGAUCUUGACGUCAAGCUCUCUUCAUAUGCCAAGCUCGGCGCUAGGUUCACCCAAGGAGGUUAUGUGGAUACUGGAUCACCAUCUGUUGGUUCCAGCAGGUCAUGGAAAUCCAUGGAAAUGGAAAUCCAAUCCUUGCUCGAGAAGCUGCUCGAUAUAAAUGAUUCAAUGAGUCGAUGUGCUGCAUCUGCUGCACCAGCUACUUCAGUAACUCAGAAACUCGCUAGGCAUAGAGACAUAUUACAUGAGUUCACCCAGGAGUUUAGACGAAUCAAGGGGAACAUAAACUCAAUGAAGGAACAUGCAGAGCUUUUGAGUUCAGUCAGGGAUGAUAUUAGCGAGUAUAAGCAGGCAUCUGGGGGCAUGUCACCAAGAAUGCAGUUACUGCGGGAGAGAGCUUCUAUACAUGGAAGUAUAUCUCAUAUAGAUGAUGUGAUUGGUCAAGCUCAAGCGACAAGGGCAGUUUUGGGUUCUCAAAGGUCUUUAUUUGGAGAUGUUCAAGGGAAAGUGAAGCUUCUAAGUGACAAGUUCCCUGUUAUUCGUGGCCUACUGGGUAAUUCAUGAAGAAAUAUGAUGGUUCAAUCAGAAGGCGAAGAUCAAGAGACACUCUAAUUCUGUCUGCAGUCAUCGCUGCUUGUACCUUGUUUCUUAUCAUCUAUUGGCUUUCAAAGUAAUUAGAAAAUGUGAUUUAUUGACACAGAAAUUAUUUAUUGUUGUGCUUAAUUUUAGGGAAUUUUGCUUCUAUAUUUCAAGACAAAUCAAAUCCACUGUUCCAAAAUUUUGUGGUACUUGAAUGGUGUCAUUGCCCAAAGAAUUUAACUUUUCUGGUUUUCCAUUUCC